UUGACCUCAUCUGUCUUCCGGUUUCGCUCAUCUCUCAUUCAACAUGGCAGACAUCGACUACGAAAGAGUUUUAUGUGUGAAACCCGAGGUUCAUGUCUUCAGAAUACCGCCUCGGACAUCGAAUAGAGGAUACAGAGCUGCAGAUUGGAAGUUAGAGUCACCAGACUGGACUGGAAGGAUGAAGAUUGUCACAAAAGACAAGAAACUCUCAAUCAAACUUGAAGAUAAAGCAGGUGAGUUGUUUGCUCAGGCUCCAAUAGAUACCUAUCCUGGUCCUGAAGUAGAAACUGUUCUUGAUUCCAGCCGAUAUUUUGUGAUCAGGAUACAAGAUGAUUCAGGUAGAAAAGCUUUCAUUGGAAUUGGUUUCCAUGACAGAGGAGAUUCCUUUGACUUCAAUGUUACUCUUCAAGAUCAUUUUAAAGGAGUGAAACAGGAGCAGCAAUUACAGAUGGAAAUGGCAGAUGCAUCCAAGAAUCCAGCACCAAAAUUAGAUCUUGGAUUCAAGGAAGGUCAAACGAUUAGAAUAAACCUGGGGAACAAAUCUGCCAAGUCAAGACCAAAGCCAUCUGCUGGUGGAGGGGGCACCCCCAUCUUACUACCCCCACCCCCUGGGGCAGGGUCAGGGGCAGGAAUAAAAGCACCUCCCAUGGCUGUUCCACCUCCAGCACAACAACAACAACAAGCAGUACAACCAAAUCCAUCACAGCAGCCUAGUGAUUUAUUAGGGGGCUUUGGCAGUUCUUUCAGUGCCCCACCCCCAGCAACAGUUCAACCACAAACCCAGCAAAAUACUAGUGCGUCAGAAUGGGGAGACUUCACAAGUGCACAAACGUCAUCAAACGAUGGAGGUUGGGUGCAAUUCUGAAAUUAGAAUUAUAUUUAUAGAAGUCCUAAUUAUGUAUGAUAGGGAGACAACCUCUUCUCCAGGAGAGUAUACUCUCCAUUAAGAAGUUAACUGCCCAACCUCUGCCCCAUGAGAAACCCCCUGCCAUGCUAUCCAUCCACCAUGUUUGAAAACCUAGACCAUGUUUCCACUGGAUGCCACCAAACUGUGAUCCUUAUAAAGGACAUGACCAAAGACUGUUCAUAUAAAUGUGGUGUCAGGACCCUUUCACAUAUUGUUGUGGAUUAUGGCAAGUCAUGUGUGGAUUUACUGUCAGUACUCAUCAGAACCCUAGAACCGAUGUGAAUGGAUACAGCAACAUCAUCUACAUGUUUCUACUUAUUUCAGUGUAAAUUGUUUAUAGCACCUAGUGUUUUUUUUCUUCUAAUUUAUCUUUUGUAAUCUGUGAGUAUUGAAAAUUUAUUUGGUAUAGUGUGAACAGGAUAAAGCAAAAAUGCAUGUUUAGUGACAUCAUCAGAAAUAUCAUCAUUUUGUUUUGAUGAAAGAAUUAUUAAAAAAGUAAAUGAUCAUGAUUACAUUGUCAUUUCAGUGUGAAAUAAUAAAUCUAAUAAGGUUUAUAUGCAAUCCUAUAGUCCAUCCCUUUCCCUCCUAAUGGUCUCUGUCUGAUCUACUUUACUGGCCUUCUGUAUAUAGACUGUCCAUCUGCCUUUAAUCUAACCCCAACUCCACUGGCACUACACAUGAUACUUGUUAUUAUACAUGUACCAACUAUGGAGCAAUUACUUACUUUCUUCUGGUCUACCAGAAUCAGAAGGCACAUAUGUUUCAUUUAUACACUUUGUGCUCAUUUACUUGAAUGCUGUUUGAUUUCUGUUAAACCACAAUCAUAUUUUGUCUUUAGUUUGAAAUUACAUGUUUGUUACUGAGGUAUAAAUAUUCUGUAAUUUGUGGCCUUUAAUUGUGUUUGAGCCAGGGCAGAUCAAUUUGUAUUAAUUUGCAGCUUAUUGAAUUUGUUUUCCAUGUGAUAGUGAGUGCUAGCUACCAUGUAUCUUUAUCAUGGUAGUGGGGAAAAGGUGAUAUUUUGGUGCAAGAUGGUAAGUAAUUUUGUAUACAAUGAGUAGAAUCUUGAAGGUUAUGUGAGAGUUGACCAGACUGAAGCCAGUUUAGUGAUUGGAGAAUAGGGCAAAUUUGUAUUUAUUUAUGCUCUUGGAGGAUAGUUAUAGAAAACUAUUUUGCAUAAAAAAGGUUGACCGAGCUCCGGGGCUUACAACUCUAUUUUUGUCAAUUUCAUUUAUGAUUCUUGUAUAAGUCAUGCUCAUAUUUUCUUUCUAUGAUUGAUUUGUAUUAUAAACCUUUUAGCCUCAGUUUUAUUGAAUUUUUUUGUAAAAUUCCAAAAUCAUUCCUAUUUGAAUAAGUAACAUAAUCAUCUGCGUAGUUUACAUCAGUCCCACAUCUGCUUUAUUAUCAAAUGUGAAGUUUGUUAGUUUUUGUUAGUGAACUUCAAAGUGUAUUAUUCCACUCUUUUUAUCUUUCAUUGUCCCUAAUUAUAAAAGUCAUUAUUGUUGGUCACUCUUAGCUGUUUUAUUCACUGUCAUUGGUGAAUUUGCUUUGUUGCUCUCUGCCCAUGCCCUGUUACUGUCAUAAUUAUUUUUUGAAGGUAGGAAAAGACAAAUUAAAUUUUUGAAGUGUGAGAGCAAAAAUACUUAAAAUAUAAGGAGAUCAUGUACAGUUGUGCUCAAAAGUUAGUGAACCCCACCACAAAAUGCACAUUUUCAUGCUCAGUGUUGAAUGUAGUCAACACUACAAUGUUCGGAAAGCCCAGAGAAGCAUACUUUAUUGAAUGUAAUAUUUGAUCACCUGACUUCACCAUUGAAUAUCUAAAAUAACUUGAACACUUUAAAUAUAUUCAUUUUCUGAUUGGGUUCACUAACUUUUGAGCAAAACUGUAUGGGAACAUGCCAAUAUUUUGUUUGCACUACAUGCCAAUUAUUCAUCAAAUCCUGCUGGAAAGUCUGUAUCCAUUGUUAGCGUUGGUUAAAGAGUUAAUAAUAUAAUGAAAUUGUUGGUUGGAUAGUGAUGUCUAGAAAGAAUUAUAUUUAUUGGAAGUAUAAUCAUGUUUUUAAUUCAAA